CUUGAAAAUUUUACAUACUAUGUAAUUCUUUAUUUAACUUAAAACUGAACAACUCUGUAAGUAAGGUGACACAACUUCUGGAAUGUGCAUGUAUAUUUUAAACUCCUGAACCACAAUUUAGUGCAGUUGUUGCAUGUUUGAAAAAUUCUUGGUUACACAAGGCAAGAACACUAACAUUAUAUGUUACUACAGCACUUUACUUAGUUGGGAUCCUUUAGUUUUGCACUUGGAAAUUUGCCAUACUGUAAAUUUGUUUUGUGUCCUUAUACCAAUUAUAUGGGAUCCCAGAUCCAUGACUCGUAUAGUAUUGCCAUUCUGUGCAAACCUGGAUCCUGUAACCUUGAUUCCCAUGUGGUAUUAGGAGGCUAUCCAUGAGCUUGGCUCCUGGAUCCAAGAGUAGCUCUCAGACCCUCAACCCUCAUAUAUGUUAUAUGCCUGUUACAUGGCUCAAUUUUACUGCAGCUUAACUAAAAUGGCAUUGAAUGGUACUGUAAGCUUUUUGCAGAGCAUGUCCUUUGUUAAUACUGAGGGAGUGCAUCAGAAUUUCACUGCCUAACCUCAGCUUAUGAUUAUAUCAUGGUGUACCUAACCUAUCAAGUGAAAUAUGCAUUUGGUUGAUGGCUGUUUUAUCACAGAUCUAGUAUUCAAGAAAAUUAGAAUAACUACCUCUCAAGUACAGUACUAACCCACUUUAACUGAUGUAUGCUAAUAAAUGGAAUAAGGUGAGCUAAUUAUUUGAGAGGCUAAAAGUAGAACCACAAUUGACAGUAAUAGAGAGUGGACUAACAUCAAGGUAGUGAUAAUGCAUCUAGCGAACAGGGGACUGACAUGAGUAUCACGUCUCCCGCCAGGAUGCGCACUCCUAGUCCUGAUAAUGUUAGCAGGACCUCCCACACCAUGACCCUCAAUGAAUCUGCUUCCUACUUGAUUGAGAAGUUGAUGAUGAACACCCCAGAAACUCAGAGAAAACAACCUUGUAAGACGGAGGGUCGUGCCUGCUGUAAAGCUGAUAAGAAACCAACUACUGCUGAAGUCACAGCCAGAAUCAAAAGUGAUAAGGGUAGCAAGAUAGACACUAAAAUGACUGCUGAGAGUCGGAAAGAGAGCAACAGUGCCACCAGCCUAGGCAGCUCCCACACUUACCAGGUUAAGCAAGAUAAAGAACAUGAAGGAGGCAAAGAGGAAAAGGAUGAUGUGAGUGAAGCUGGAACCUACACAAUUGAGAAGGAUUCCUCAUCUCCUGAGGUGGAGCAAGCAAGGAACAACAUUGACCGUGUAUUUGGUGUUUCUGGAACAGAGAGUGAGGUUGAUGUGAUUACACCCCAAGGAAAUGCUCCCACACAUGACUUGUGGACACCUACUCCAGAACCUGACAAAUUUAAGAGUCCUAGCAGUUUAAGUCGCAACAGUCCAAACUGGAUUAGACAGUGGGCUGCACAAGUAGCUGAGCACACAAAGCCUUCUGAUGCUUCUAUAAAUAGUGCUCUUGGAUCUCCCCGUGGCCCCAAGCCUCCACUUGCUUCCCUCUCAUCCUCGCAGGAGAGUAGUGAUUCCCGUCCCCGCCGAAAGUUGCCUACUCCCCCCACCCAUCACUCAACAUUUGCCAUGGCUUCUAUGAAAACUAACGAUUUGUCUGACCAGGAGAGUCCCAUUAAGGGCCGAAUGAUGUGAACCUAAUGAGAAUGAAAAUCAGCAAGGACAGGAAAGGCUACAAAUGGGUCUGGACAAAUGGCAAGCUUGGAAAGAAAACUGGAAUCUAUAUAGUAUAUUCUAGGGACAAAGGCUGCAUACCUCAUUCAUGGAGAAAGAUCCAGGGGUGAGCACCAUGCCAAGUACAGUGGAACCUCGUUUUUCAGCCGUAAUCCGUUCCAGAAGGUCAACCUAAAUUGGAAGCAAUAUUUCCCAUAAGAAUUAAUGUAAAUACAAUUAAUCCGUUCUAGACACCCAAAAAUAUUAACAAAAAAUACAUUUUUAAAGAUUAAUUAUAGUUUUACAUACACAAAACAAUGAGAACUAAAUAAAAUAAAUGAAUGAACAUUUAAAUCACUAUUACAUACCUUUAUUGAAGACUCUUGUUGGCUUAUGGAAGACGAGAGGAGGAGAGAGGGAAUACUGAUUAU